UCUAAGCCGUGCAAUGCCCUCUUGAUCCAUCGCAGAGAACUCAACCACUUCUCUCACUUGUUGCUUCAUCUUUUAGAUCAUCACCUGCUUCACGCCGUCAAGAUGUCCGUCGAAGUCCUUAAGACCAUUUCCCCCACGACCAAUGAGCCCAUCAUCACCCGCAACGGCGUCUCCCAGGCCGACUUAGAUGAGCUUCCCAACACCGCCACCAAGGCCUUCGAGUCUUGGAGCAAGACCUCCCUGGCCGACCGCCAGGCCAUCGUCAAGAAGGCGCUGAAUCUUCUGCUCGAGAAGAAGGAUGAGCUCGCCGAGGAGCUCACCGUCCAGAUGGGCCGCCCCAUUGCCUACACCGGCGUCGAGGUCGCCACCGCCGUGAAGCGCGGCGAGUACCUCCUCAAGAUCAGCGAUGAGGUGCUCAAGGACACCGACGGCGAGCCGGAGAAGGGCUUCAAGCGCUUCAUCCGCAAGGUCCCCGUUGGCCCGGUCCUCGUUCUCUUCGCGUGGAAUUACCCUUACCUCAUCUUGGUGAACUCACUCAUUCCUGCCCUAUUGGCGGGUAACACCGUCAUCUUGAAGCCGUCGCCGCAGACGCCUACGAUCGUCGAGCACGUGGCCAAGGUGUUUGAGGCGGCCGGCCUCCCAGCUGGCGUGCUGCAGUACUUCCAUUGCGGCUCCCCCAUUAUGAUCGAGUCCAUCGUCCGCAACCCCAAGGUGAAGCUCGUCGCUUUCACCGGCUCCGUGGCCGGCGGCCUCGCAGUGCAGCAGGCGGCGUCGGACCGCGUCGUCAACGUCGGGCUCGAACUCGGCGGCAAGGACCCGGCCUACAUCCGCGACGACGUCGACAUCGACUGGGCCGCGGCCGAGAUCGUUGACGGCGCCGUCUUCAACUCGGGCCAGAGCUGCUGCUCGGUCGAGCGCGUGUACGUGGCCGACAAGAUCCACGACGCCUUUGUUGCGGCUGUCCAGAAGGUUCUCGAGGGGUACAAGCUGGGAGACCCCUUCGACAAGGGCACGCACGUCGGGCCCGUCAUCUCGAAGCGGUCCAAGGAGGCGAUCGAGUCGCACAUCCAGGACGCCAUCGCCAAGGGCGCCACCGACGCAACCCCCGCCAACGAGUCCUUCAACAACCCGCCGCCCAAGGGCAACUUCGUUAAGCCCACGCUGCUGACCGGCGUUGACCACUCCAUGACGGUCAUGACGGAGGAGACGUUUGGGCCCGUCAUCCCCGUCCAGCGCGUCAAGAGUGACGACGAGGCUGUCCAACUCAUGAAUGACAGCGAGUUUGGCCUGACGGCCAGCAUUUGGACCAAGGACACGGACCGGGGCUAUGCGCUCGCGGACCAAGUCGAGGCGGGAACCGUCUUCGUGAACCGCUGCGACUAUCCCAGCCCUGACCUGGCAUGGACCGGAUGGAAGAACUCGGGCAAGGGGCAGACCCUCAGCCGCUACGGCUUCGACCAGUUCGUCAAGCUCAAGAGCUACCACCUUAAGGACUACCCCAAAUGAGCGGCUUAGCACAAGGCGUCUCGCAAGCCGACACAGCGGCGAGCAUGCGCCCCGGAUGUUGCCGGCACCUUUCUUGUCAUUCUGUGAGGACUAAGCAGACGGAAGAACUGGUAAAUUCGAAGUGGCCUGGAGCUGUGGCAGGAUGAUUGGGUGUUUCCCCCCCGCUUGUUUGAGAGAGAGGAGGAACUUGCCGGGCGGGUGGCGGUACUGCCGCAAACCUGUCCCCAACGCCUCUGAGGAAACCCGGGCCAGGGCACGGUGUGAGAGUUCUUGUUUCGCUUUGACACGAGCCCACAUCGAGGACAGCGUCCCUUCACCGCACGGGCAGCAGCCCGCUGGCUCCCGUGGCUUGUGGUCCUUUUCCCUUGUCGGCCUGCUAUGUGGACGGGGCCGAGGAGCACAGGCAGAGAGAUGUGCGCCUAUGUGGGCUCGAGUAAGGCGGGAUCGAAGAAGGGAACACACCCCACGACAAUGUGUGGCGCAGAGAGAGUGUGUAGACGCGAGCAUGAUGAUGUUUUGUUUUGUUCUUAAUGAAAUCACAAUAUACCUCUUCCUCCC